GACAAGGGGAGAUAAUGUAUGUUUGGAUUUUUUUUGCAAAUUCCAUUAAAAGAAAUAUUUCAAUGUUUUGAUGAUUCUUUCAUGUUUUUUUACUGGAAUCAAAUGGUAAAAGCUGGGCUAACAGAGCUGAUGUGUAAAAUUAAGAAAGUAGUUGCCUAGUAUGGAAGAUGCAGAGGCCGAUGAUGAAAGAUUUGUAAAGGGAAUUGUACAGGAACUAUCAGCAUUCCAAAAAUCUAUUACAUUGUCCAAUAAACCAACUGAAAAUGAGACAAAAACUGAGUUUGUUGAUGAUAAAAAAAUUACAAAAAUGACUAGUAUAGAACCAUUGUCUGAAGAUCCUGAAAGUAAUGCGGGAGAGAGUAAAAAUGGCGCUACCAUUGAAAGUCAAGGUGAUGAGCCUGAUGGGGCUAAAGCACCAGCACCAGAGCAAGCAAAGCAGCCAAGCAGAAUUAUACGAUUAUCACGACCCUAUAAUCCAUACUGUUCUGCUCGAACUUCAGUUACAUCUGUGGCAUCUACAUCCUCAGCUUCUAUCCAAUCCAUAUCUUCUACAACUACACUGAAUGGCAGUACAACAGGCUCUGCUGUUGGUCCAGGGGCACCUGGUAGCCGGCUUGCAGCUUUACAAAGACCAGGCAGCCCAAUGCACAGGAUAUUACAGCGUGCACAGAGCCCGGCUCUUGCUGCGGCAGCCAGAAUGACAGCGCAGGCUUCUGGAGAGGGUUCAAGCACAGUGGAGAAGAAUAUAGAGAGAAGUUCUGGUACUAAUAAUAUAGAACCAUGUCAAACUGCAAGUCCAACCUCUGCAAAAACAGACAAUUUAUCAGGAAGUGCAGAAUUAGCAAACAGUGAUAGAUCUUCUUCUAGAUCUGUUCUCCCACCAAGAAUUCAAAGCUCUAGUUUAACCAGUUCAAUUUUAUUAAGAAGACCCCAAAGUCCUUUCAAUAGUGGAAAAUCUCAAUUAUUGAUACACAAACAAACAAGUCUUCCAGAUGAUGAGAGUGCCAGUCCAAAUGAUCAACUCUCUCCAAGACUGUCUAGUCCUGGAGAUUAUCCAAACAGCGCUUCCAAUAAUGAUGGUCAAACUGCUGAUAAAAUUGCAAUAAGAAAUAAAUUACGCGCAAAUAGUUUUCGUUUAAAGGACUUGCUUACCAAAAAACCUUUUGUGAGAACUAGGGAUGAAGAAAGUGAUAAAUCUGAUGAAACAAAAACUGAUCAAAAUACUGAUAAUGCCGGUAGUGAUAGAAAAGUUGAGGGUACUACAAAUGCAUUUAAUAGAGAAGCAGGUUCUGAUAGAACUAGAUGGAGGCGUGAAGGUAUGAGUUCUCUUACCAGAUCUCGAUCUUCAGCUUCCGAGAAGACUGCCACUCUGAUAUCAGCAAGGUAUUUAAGGAAUAGAACUAGAAAUACAGAGACUUCCAAUAGUGAUCCUGUUAAAACAUCUGAACAAUCUGUGAGCGAAAACACAAAUUGUAAUACUGAAACAGAAAUUUCUCAAGCUGCUAUAAUUAAUACCAAUGCAACAGAAAAUAACAGCGAUAAUAAACAAGAUGAUAGUUUAGACAAUAGAGUUUCAGGGGCAGAAAAGAGCAAUAGGGUCACAGUUGGUGCUACUUUGUUACGCAGUCCAAGAACAAGAGAUACUCUUAAUACCACAUCUCAGAAUUUAUCCUUAGAGAAACAAGAUUCACAAAACAAAACUGAUGAUACUAUUGGAGUUAAAUCAAGCAUUCCUGGUGAUUCUAGUGAUAAUAAAUAUGUUGUAGAUGAAGCUAGUGAUGCUGAUAAAAAAGCUAAAGCUUUAUCUGAUCUUGAAAAGGAAAAUGAUGUUAAAUUAAUCUUUGAUUCUGAAAAAAUCAGCGAGACAGUGCCAGAAAUUGACAAUGAACCUGAAAUUAAUCAAAGGACCAGGGACUAUAGAAGGUCACAAUCUGAAGUGACUGGCUCUGAGCCUAAACCUGGAGAAACACAUAAAACUCCUAGAAAUUAUUCUGAACCAACUAGUCCGGAUAAAGAUGUAAAUGUUAUUAGAGGCAGCAAGUCUUAUGACAAUACUCCAGAUGCUGAUUUUGCAAAAUCUUCUCCAGCAUUGAAGCGAAGUUUUGUGGUUACAGACUUGGAUCAAGCUAUGAGGGAUAGGGACCAGCAGAAAUUAAGUUCAAUCUUUAAAGACAGCAUUAAAGAUGAUAGUGCAGAAAAUAAAGUAGUGUCAAGUGAAGAAAAAACAGAAGGUCAACAAAAGGAUGAUUGUCAAAGAGAAACUGAUCUUGAUGCCCGGCUUGUUCGCACCCGCCGACUCGCCACUAGAUCUGUUGAGGGAUCUUCUCAUACUGCUCCUCACAGUGCUCCUCCAAUCAAUCCAGUAACUCCUAUGGUGUAUAAACCUAAUGUUAACCUCGAAGAUGCUGUUAAAUGGCCUAUAGACCUUCCUGGAAAACUUGACUUUAGGAAAAUGGAGGUUUUUGAAGGUCAGAUGUUGUUGAAUUGGUUAAGUGGUUCCAUAGACAAAUCUCACUACCUGCGACUUGUGAUGACAAAACAUGACAUCAAUGUUAUAGUGUGUCAGGUGUGUACUUGUCUGAUUGCUGCUGGUGUCAUGAAACAGUUAGAAGGCAAAGAUCAGGAAGGCAUCUUUAAGACAGAUUGUAUGUACUAUUGGACACACACACAACAGAACUCCCCUAAUGUUACUGUGGAUGUAAACAAACUACAGCCCAUGUGGCCACCAGUACAGGAACAGACAGAUGAUAACAGACCAGCACUUAAAUAUACAGAAAUAGAUUUUGAGACGUGGAUAGCCUAUCACCAGGCAGCUAUGGUAACCAUGAGACACGAAUAUAAAGAGGAAGUGGAAAAUGUAAAGAGAGAUCAUCAAGGUGUGUUAGACAAGGCAAGACAGGAGUAUGAGUGCAGGUUACAGCAAGCUGUUGAGAGAAUUGCUCUACUACAGAGAGAAGUAGAGAAAUACAAAUCUCUGGCCAGUAUAGAGAAAUACUCACAGAAUGCUCUAUCAGAAGCUGAUAAAGCACAGAUGGAGGCGGGGUUUUUGACACCAGACAGUGUAAAUGGUUUCACUACACCCAUGGCUAACACUCCAUCAGUGUCACAGUAUCAUACCCCAGCAGGUACUCCAGAUGCUGUUAACAGUAACUACCCAGUGAAUGUCAUAAAGUCAGCAAAUGAACUUUUUAUUGAGGGUGACAGUCUACAUGACGGAGCUUCCUGCUCUAGUUCAGAUACUACCAGUCUGGCAGGGAGUAUAGGGGAGUUUGGUGAAGGUGUGUCUUCAAUGGUACCACCUCCCCCGGCUCCACCCCCUCCACCUGGAGUCCCUCCUCCACCCGCUCCACCUCUUCCAGAUUCAGUUACAAAAAAGAAAGCAUUAAAGCCAGUUAUCAAUCCAGUGUCACCAAUGAGGCCAUUAUUCUGGAAUAGAAUACAAGUGAAUGAUAUCAAAACACCAAAACAUAAAGAAUAUUAUGAAAGGAAAUUGAUAUGGGAAGAUUUAGAGGAAGAAAACAUUGAUGUGAAUGAGUUAGAUUCCAUGUUCUCUAAGAGACAUGUUGAACCUUCUCGUAGAUUUAGUCCAAAUAAACCUAAAAACAAAGCCAAACAAGUUGCCAAAGUGAUAGCUCCUAAAAGAUCCCAAGUGAUAGGAAUUUUGUUAUCUAGUCUUCGUUUUGAAAUGUCAGAAAUUGAACAUGCAAUAGUGACGUUUGAUACAUCACAGCUUCCGGAAGAAAAACUACGCCAAAUUUAUGAAAUUAGAGGGGAUAAUGAUGAGUUAAAGAAGAUUAAGGAACAUCUAAAGAAACAUCCAGACACUCCAUUAGAUAAACCAGAUCAAUUUUUAUACGACCUUUCAUUAAUACCAGACUAUGCAGAGAGAAUAUUUUGCUUCAUAUUUCGUGAAGCAUUCCAAGAAAGCAUUUAUGUGAUAGAAACCAAAAUGACAAAUCUUAGAAUGACUUGCCAGAGUUUACGGUCCAGUAUACAUGUAAAGAGAUUACUAAGUCUUGUGUUAGCCAUGGGAAAUUAUAUGAACGGAGGCAGCAAAUCUCGAGGUCAGGCUGAUGGAUUUGGUAUAGAUAUUCUUCCAAAACUUAAAGAUGUUAAAAGCAAGGACAAUUCUACAAGUUUAUUACACUACACUGUACAGCAAUAUAUCAAAAAGUAUGAGCGGCAAGAUGCUGGUACUGAUAAAGUAAAAUACCCUCUACCUGACCCCAGUGAUCUCACCCAGGGAUGCCAAGUCUGUUUUGAUGAAUUGGAGAAAGAGCUACGCAGAAUAAAAAAAGAUUUUGAAUCUGCUGAGGAGAGAGCAGAGAAGGUGAUAAAGUCAGCACGAGAGCAUGCGUAUUUACAACCAUUUAAGGACAUCAUGACAGCAUUCUUUGAAAAAGGAAAACAUGAUCUAAUUGAACAAGAAGAAAACCUGACAGACGGCAAAAGAUUAUUUCAAGAAACUGUAUUAUUUUUCUGUGUAAAGCCUAAGAGUGGAGAUAAAGAAGUAACACCGGAAUAUUUUUUCUCAUUAUGGUGUACGUUCUGUCAAGAUUUUAAGGAUCACUGGAAACGUGAAGAACAAAAGAUAAUCAAGCAGAGAAUCAAAGAAAAUGAGCUUCGUGUAAAGAAGAUGCAGCAAAGAUUGGUGAAGCAGCCUGUGAGAACCAGAACACGGAAAGCUGGCGGUCUUAAAGACAGAUUAACAAAGCAAGGGUUGUUGGAGUCAUGACAGGGUACGCUAGUGUUCAUGGACAAGAAAUGGUGUUAUAAUACAUGUAGGAAGUUCCUGUGAUCAAUGCAAUAUUUACAGACUGGAAUGUUUCAAAUACAAUCAUGGUCAUCAUCCAGGUGUAUGGUAUGGCUAUUGUCCAUCCUGUCAUUUUUGGAAGCAAGGGCUUACCAUAUGGGAGGACUUUUGUCCAUUUCCCCUGUAUGUUUAUAUGUCCAUCAUGGAAUAUAUAACUCUGGGGAAGGAGAUAUUAUGACAUGUGUAUCUGUAUAAGGUGUGUGAUUCUCCUCAAGGAAUGAGACCAAAAAGAAAAGAAAAAUGCCAAAAGUCCUUAGUUUAUCUACCAGUGAUUAUUAAACUGUUGUUUAACAAAUUACUACAGCAAAACUCUUGUUUGCGUUAUACUGUAUAGCACAUACUGUAAACUGGCCUACUAGAUCUGUUGAAUAUGAUAAGUCAUUUUAUAUUGUAAGAUAUUAAUACAUCAUUUGAAUUGUCACUUUCUUUAUACUGAAAUUAUACUGAAACAUGUUGUAUCAUAUACACUAGAGAUUGUUUUCUAGUCUUCAAUAGUUAUCACUCAUUUGCUAGCCAUUUUGUUUCUAAGAAACAAUCAGUCCAAUUAGUGCAGUUUGAGGCUGGCUUCUCUGAUAUAACCUUGAAGCAUAUGCGUUUACUUUAGCCUAUUCUUUGUGGUAAAGCUGUUACUUAGUAUCAUAACAUUUUAUUAAGAUGAAACAUAUAUGUGUGUUAACCUAUCAACUACAAAUUCUAAGCACAUUUUGUAAUUUAUCAUGAAUUUUUUAUGUAUAUUUGUUAAAAAAUUUAAACAUUCCAAAACUGUUGUGUUUGAUUGGUUAUUAAGUGGAUAAUUUAAAUGUGUUCCAUUCCAGUUUCAAAAAGUUAGCUAUUUUGUCUGUUUUUAUCUUAUGUACAUCCCAUUAUAAAACUUACAUAAAUUAUUUUUUUUUCCAAACACCUCUGUGAUAUUUGUAUAUUUAUCUUCAAGAUUUGUUUUGUUUGUUGAUAUAAACUGUCACAUUCCUGUUUUAAUAUCCUUUAUGUUUUACUACAUAUAACAAUUCCAUUUGAUUAAUCAUACAGCAAUACCGUGUAAAAGAUCCAGUAAUUGUGAAAAAUAUCAUAUCUUGCUAUGUAUACCUAAAUGUGAGAGGAAUCUUUAUGUAUAAGAAAUUUAAUAUUUUAUAUGAAAUUCAAGUCUGUUUCACAAUUAUUGUUUUAAAACAAAUCAGAUAUUGUACAAAAGUACGUAAAUUUUCCCUCAUCUGUUACUAUAUUAAGUUUUAAGCAUUUUAUAGUAUUAUUUGAUGCAUUGUUAGAAAACGAUAAUAUAUAUGUAUGUAAACAAAGAAAUCACCACUGUUUAGCUAAAUAAAUUUCAUAGUAUUACAGAAAAUAGAAUGUUUUUUGGGAGUGUUUAAGCUCACCUGAGCUUGCUCAGGGUGAGCUAUUAGGAUCGGUGAAUGUCCGUCGUCCGUCGUACGUCCACAAUUGCUUGUGAACACACUAGUGGUCACACUUAUGACUCAAUCAUCAUCAAACUUUGUCAGGAUGCUUGUUUAGUCAAUUGCUCGGAUGAGUUCGAAACUGGGUCAUUUUGGAUGGAAAACUAGGUCAAAGGAGCUAAAAAUAGAAAAACCUUGUGAACACUCUAGUAGUCACACUUUUGACCCAAUCAUCAUCAACCUUUGUCAGAAUGCUUGUUUAGAUUAUUGCUUGGAUGAGUUCGAACAUGGAUCAUCUCUGAUGAAAAUCUAGGUCACAGGAGCUAUAAAUAGAAAAACCUUGUGAACACUCUAGUGGUCACAUUUUUGAACCAAUCAUCAUCAAACUUGGUCAGAAUGCUUGUCUAGUCAAUUGCUUGGAUGAGUUCGAACAUGGGUCAUCUCUGAUGAAAAACUAGGUCACAGGAGCUAAAAAUAGAAAAAUCUUGUGAACACUAAUGGUCACAUUUUUGACCCAAUCAUCAUCAAACUUUGUCAGGAUGCUUGUUUAGAUAAUUGCGCAGAUGAGUUUGAAUAUGGGUCAUCUCUGAUGAAAAACUAGGUCACAGGAGCUAUAAAUAGAAAAACCUUGUGAACACUCUAGUGGUCACAUUUUUUACCCAAUCAUCAUCAAACUUAGUGUGGAUGCUUGUCUAGUCAAUUGCUCAAAUGAGUUGGAAUAUGGGUCAUCUCUGAUGAAAAACUAGGUCACAGGAGCUAAAAAUAGAAAAACCUUUUGAACACUCUAGUGGUCACAUUUUUUACCUAAUCAUGAUCAAACUUUGUCAAGAUGCUUGUUUAGAUAAUUGCUUUGAUGAGUUUGCACAUGGUUUAUCUCCGAUGAAAAACUAGGUCACAGGAGCUAUAAAUAGAAAAACCUUGUGAACACUCUAGUGGUCACAUUUUUGACCCAAUUAUUAAGAAACCUUGUCAGGAUGCUUGUUUAGUCAAUUGUUUGGAUGAGUUCGAACAUGGGUCAUCUCGGGGUGGAAAACUAGGUCACAGAAGCUAAAAAUAGAAAAACCUUGCGAACAGUCUAGUGGUCACAUAUUUGACCCAAUCAUCAUCAAACUUUGUCAGAAUGCUUGUCUAGUCAAUGCUUGGAUAAGUUUGAACAUGAUUUAUCUCGGAUGGAAAACUAGGUCACAGGAGCUAAAAAUAGAAAAACCUUGUGAACACUCUAGUGUCACAUUUUUGACUCAAUUAUCAUCAAACUUGGUCAGGAUGCUUGUCUAGGUAAUUGCUCGAAUGUCAAGCUCGAAUAUGGGUCACCUGGGGUCAAAAACUAGGUCACACUGCUCAAAUAUGGAUAAUCCUUGUUAACACUAGUUGUCACAUUUUUGACACACCUGUCAUGAAACUUGGUCAGAACGCUUGUCUAGGUAAUUGUUCGGAUGAGUUUGACGGGUCAGGUGAGCGAUCUAGGGCCAUCUUGGCCCUCUUGUUUUAAGAUAAAGCUUAAGUUUUCAAAUUAUGCAAAAUAUAUGUUACAUACUUUUUGAAUUCCCAUUAUUUUCAUAGAUCCAAAAGUUUUAUUUUUGUUAUCUUUGAAAUUGACUGAAAAGUUUUGGCAUUCUGUUUAUAUUGAAUAUCAAAACAAUAUUAUCUACCAAAUACUGUAAUGUGUAGACUCAAUAAUCAAAUGUUCCCAUUUUCAUAGGAGACAUCAGUUUUAAACUGAUAACAAUCAAAAAAUUUUUUUGUUAUUUUCUUUUUUUAAAAAACUAAGGUUUUAGAAAACAAUCAAAAUCAUUCAAAUUUUUUCUAUCUCUAUGUUUUAGAAUCAAAAUCAUUGAUUAUUCAACAUACAUUUGUGUUCAACAUCAGUAAAUUAUGAGUAUAACAUAUAAAUGAUGAUACACUCUUGAUUGUAGCACUGGUUUCUUGUUCUCAUUUAUUUCUGGAGAAAAAUAAAUAUCUAGAUUAAAUAAUUAUAUAUUCAGACAUUCAUGAAAUGAUAUUCAAUGAAAAUCAAAGUUUAGGUGUGCAGUGAAAACAAAUUGCGAAUUUUUGACAUUAAGCCCCAUCCAUACUUACAAAAUCACUUUAAUUGAAGCAAUAUGUUUACUUUUUUCAGUUUUAGCUCAACGGUUCCAAGAAUAAGGGUAGCUAUUGUACACAACCCAGUUUAGGUGACGGCAAUCUCACUUUGGUUAAUAUUUUGCAUGCAAGUUGGUAUCUCCAAAACUACAGAAGGGAAUAGGUUGAAACUUUACACACUUAUUUAAGAGCAUAAUAGGAGGUCAUUGUUUAAGACAUAGAUUUUUACAGAAUGUUUGCCUUUUUGAAUUUGGAAAACUCUACAUUAUCCAGCACUGAGAAUAGUGGAGCAUGCUGUUCUACUGACUGCUCUUGUUUUAAUAAAGUAAGCUGCAAUAUAGAGUAAAAUCUGUAUAAUUCAGGAGAGAUUGAUGAAUUAAGUAUUUCAUGUUGUUGAGGGUAACAUAUGCUAAUAUUGUAAAUUUCUGUGUUUCUCAGUCAUUGUUACACACCAUUUAAUUUUGUAUGUGAAUAUAUGUAUCAGUGAUAAUGAAAUAAUGAAAUGUUUACGAAGAGCAUAUUAUUUUGUAUUUUGGCUGUAUAUUAUUUAGAUCUUCAAAUAAGGAACUUGCUUUGAAAAUGAAAUAUUUUUUUUUUGUUGUGCAUUUUUUGCUCACCUUCACAAUAAGUACUCAAAGGGUGGCAAUUGUCUGUUGUCUCAAACUUCACUUUGUCUUUAAAUAUUUAUGAAACUAUACCAAACUUAGAAGUGAUUUUUAUGUUGCCCUCUACAUAAAAAACAUAGCUU